AUGAUUAUCAUCUCUGCAGUUGGAACUUAUAACACUAUCACGGAUAAGAGUGAUGUGUAUAGCUUUUGGGUUGUGCUUAUUGAGCUGAUAUCAUCCAUGCCAGUAGUUUUAGCAGCCAGGGAAAGAGAUGAGGUUAACUUGGCAAAUAUUGUGAUAAAAAAGAUUCAAAAAAGAAAGCUUAGUGAGCUUGUAGACCCAUCCUAUGGGUUUGAGUCAAACCAACCAGCUUCAUCCAGCAAAACAUCUCUAAUCUUAACUGCAUUCACUGCAGGACAAGCUGCUACCUUUAAAAUGUUUGAAACGAUUAAGAGGCAGCCAGAUAUUGAUGCUUAUGACACUGGUGGUCGACUGUUAGAUGAUAUUUCUGGAGAUAUAGAGCUUAAGAAGGUCUGCUUUAGUUAUACUUCUAGACCUGAUAAGCAAAUAUUCAAUGGAUUUUCAAUUUCAAUACCAAGUGGCACUACUGCAGCUUUGAAUAUUGCCUAUGGUAAAAAUGGCCCAACAGAUGAAGAAAUCGGAGCUGCAGCUGAACUUGCUAAUGUUGCUAAGUUCAUAGAUAAAUUUCUCCAUGUUGUUGGGGUUAUCUUCACAGUUUUGUUAUUGGGAUUACAAGGAGUUAGGGUUGUUGAAUGCAGAGUAGCCAAUGGAUUGGACUGUUUUGAGUACCCUGCUAUCAGCUGCAGAAAACACAGUGCAGUUUUGACUGAUUUUGGUGGUGUUGGUGAUGGAAAAACAUCUAACACCAAAGCUUUUCAAUAUGCAAUUAGCAAUCUCAGCCAUUAUGCAUCUGAUGGUGGAGCUCUACUUGUUGUGCCACCAGGGAAAUGGCUAACAGGAAGCUUCAAUCUCACAAGCCACUUCACACUUUUUCUCCAAAAGGAAGCUACCAUUCUUGGAUCUCAGGAUGAAUCAGAGUGGCCCACCCUUCCUGUGCUACCAUCAUAUGGCAGAGGAAGGGAUGCUCCUGAUGGAAGGUUUAGUAGUCUCAUUUUUGGAACUAACCUCACUGAUGUAGUAAUCACUGGUUACAAUGGAACAAUUGAUGGACAAGGGUCUUAUUGGUGGGACAAGUUCCACAAGGGUGAAUUGAAACUCACCAGGCCUUACAUGAUUGAGAUUAUGUUCUCUGAUCACAUCCAGAUAUCAAAUCUCACUUUGAUCGAUUCUCCAUCUUGGUUUGUCCAUCCAAUUUACAGCAGUGACAUUAUAAUUCAAGGGUUGACCAUUCUUGCCCCAGUUGACUCUCCCAACACUGAUGGAAUAAAUCCAGAUUCUUGUUCCAACACUAGGAUUGAAGAUUGCUACAUUGUCUCCGGUGAUGAUUGUGUAGCAAUAAAAAGUGGUUGGGAUGAGUCUGGAAUCAAAUUUGGAAUGCCAAGCCAACACAUAAUAAUCAGAAGGCUUGAAUGUGUGUCCCCAGAUAGUGCCAUGAUUGCCUUAGGAAGUGAAAUGUCUGGUGGAAUCCGAGAUGUUAGAGCUGAAGAACUCACAGCUCUCAACACUCAAUCAGCAGUUAGAAUCAAAACUGCAGUUGGUAGAGGAGCUUAUGUGAGGGACAUAUUUGUCAAAGGAAUGAACUUAAACACCAUGAAGUAUGUGUUUUGGAUGACAGGUUCUUAUGGCUCACACCCUAACACCGAUUUUGAUCCCAAAGCACUUCCCAACAUUACAGGAAUAAACUACAGAGAUGUCAUUGCAGAUAAUGUCACAUAUUCAGCAAGACUUGAAGGGAUUGCUAAUGAUCCUUUUACGGGAAUCUGUAUUUCUAAUGUGACUAUCCAUAGUGGAAAAAAGAAACCGCAAUGGAAUUGCACUGACAUUGAGGGGGUUACAAGCAAUGUCUAUCCUAAGCCUUGUGAGUUGCUGCCUCUGAAAGAGAAAAUUGAGUGUCCUUAUCCAGAUGACAAAUUGCCCAUUGAAAGUGUGCAGCUGAAGACUUGUUCCUUUAAAAGUGUCUCAUUCUUCUGAGAGAAUGAAUGUAGACGAAAAUUUUAAGAAUAUAGCAAACUCUAUUGUCAUCCAUUUAGGAGUUUUUAAAAAAUGAAAUCAAAUAGAAAUUAUAGAAUUAAA